UGUUUUUUUUUCGGGCUCUGACUAAGUACUGGCGUGAACACUAACUCAUAAAACGAUUUGGAAGUUACCACUGUAUCAGUUCAAGUGAGUUGUAUGACAUUACGUCGAGAAAGUAGACGGUGUCAAUACCAAACUCUUGCAUUUGGCUAGCGCAAUAUUAGCUUUUGUCACAGGUUUCCAGUCAAGCUAUUGUAAGUUUAGCUUACAGUUGGAAAAACUAGCUAAUUAAUUGGCUUGCGAAGGGCUCCAGCUAUCGCCUGGAAAGAAAAUAUAAUUCGGUUGGAUGAGUUUUUUUUUUUUCUUCUUCUUAGCAAUGUCGAGUUAACUUACCGAUGUAACUAUUUAACUCUACUGUAAGCCUCGUGGAGCUCGCCAACGUCGGAGCUUUCUGAGAGAAAGACGCUGUAUACUGUUGCAUUUGAUGCUAGAUCUCCAUUUCAGCUCACUACACAAGCGAGCCAUAGAAGGAUCUUCUCUGUGUCCGACGCAUCGCUCCUCUGUUCACUGCCUGUAAACCAAAUGUUUUUGGUGAGAGCAUGAUGUGUGGCCCCAGCAAAGGGUUUAAACUGCUCAGCAGUGGCAUUGGCGGUGUUCACGUGAAGGAUAUAUUUAACUCAAACUCCCGAGAAGUGACCUGCAAGUUACAACAACGCGGCUCUCGGGCCAGAGAUUUACCCAAAGUUUAACUACUUAACUGCAGAAAGUACUUCUUACUCGACUGUCAUGAAGUAUUACAGUAAGCCACACCAGGUCUGAUUAAUAUAUGUGAGGACACGGUCGUGAGAGAGUAAAGGAGGUUUUUGGUUAACUUGAUGAUCAUGACUUGAACACUACUCGCAGCAUGUUGAUCCAGUGAACUGGGAAAAUUGGGCUAUUUGUAUGCAGAGCCAAACCAAUGGCAACCAUAAGGAUCCAUUAAAUGUAAUGUUAUACUGAUAUUAGAUUCCUCACCUAAAACCUCACCUUUUAUGAACUCAGAAGCGUGAAUCCACAUUGUGCUCUACCAAUGACUAGAGCUAAUAGAAGAAGAAGAAGAAAUUUAAGUAUUUAGUCCUCCCAAAAGGAAAUUUAAAAAAAAUAACCCUUCAAUGUAUUUGGUUGAUUUCAUAUAAAUGUAUUUUUGUUGUCAGAAUUCUCUCAGUGCUUAGCUUAUCAUGUAUAGUGACACUUCUAUCAGUGUAAAACUCAUGUGAGACUAGAGAUGGCCAUGAAGCUGCGAUGGAAACCUUCACAAGCUUUACUCUGACCCCCAACCUCAGUAUGGUUGCUGAGAAACAUAUCGUGCUUCAGGGAGUAAUAAUACAUCUUUUGGAACUAAGAAGGGAGCAGAAGAUUUGCGUGUAAGCCCGUAUGUUGUUUGGUUUGUAUCUACUUUUCAGUAGUAUUAUUUGAGAGGUAUCACAAACAUAAACAACAAUAAACAGCUGAGUGACUUUAAGAAGUCGUGGCAUCUGUCAAACAAAGUGAGUGCAAGUGAAAGAAGUGAGCCUUUCAAGUAAUGCCACAUAUGGGCAUAUCACAGGAAGUAGUCUGUGGAAGACCAAAUGCCAGUCACUGAUGGAGACAAUGGAGUUUGCACACUCUUUCCCAGCAGAAUGCUUAGCCAAGUAGUUGGUGUAUUAGAUUGACAUUAGCUGUCACUCCCACAGAAUAAACUAGCCAAGCCUAAAAUGUAUGUGUUGGUGUUAUUGAUUAAAACUUCUUCUUUUAAUAAGGCUACUUUUUGCAGUGCAGGGUUUGCAGGCCAAGUGUAAAAUAAUAGCCGGUGUCUUUCGCUCUCAUUAUGUGGCUGCAUCAUGAAGAAUGGCCUUCAGCAAGACCAUUGAGAUGCUGAUUGUACUCUGGGAAAAUGUGAGCUUCCUUCUGUGUGUGAAGUGAAAGGCCUUUCUACCUCUGUGUCCGUGUGUCAUUGUCAUUGUAAAGUCAGGCCUGUGUUUUAAUACCCUCACACAGCUCAUGGACGGCUUGUUUCCCUGAAGACAGACUCUCCUGCUGGGCACAGACAAUUGUGUUCUUCUUCUUCACUGCCUUGAAAUAGCAAUAUGAAAGAGAAGUAAAAGCGAGAUGAAUUAAGUCUUAUUUUUCACCUCAGAUGAUGACUUUAAAAAGACUUCUACAUUUGUCCUGGCUUAAGAGUUUAUGACAGUUUUCUUCCCCCUGGUCUGUCUGACAGCACUGUGAGCUAUCUGUUGGGUGCCGUGCAUUUUGAAUUGGGGGGAAAAAGGAAACGCGUCUCUGUUCUGCCUCUGGUUUUUCUCAGUUCCCCAAUCGUCUUGAAGUUGUUUCGCCGAGGCUUUCUUCUCGCCUUGCUGUGCGUUUCAUUAGCUAUGCGCGCUGCGUCUCAGGGCCCCUUUGAGUUCUUUGACAAACAAAAGUAGAAACAAUCUCCUGUAUCCAGGAUUUACAGGGAAGCCUUGCUUCAGUUUGCCGGGCUUGCUAGAAGAAAUGUAGAUUUCUUUUUUGCUGCUCGUAUUUUGGUCCCUGAAUUAGUUUUCAGGACAUUUUUAGUCUGCUUAAAAGAAAACUACAAUAAGGCACACUGGUAUUUGUUUCUUUCCCCAAUGUUUUAUAAAUAAGUAAGCCAAUUAAUAAGGUUAAUUAUCAAUGAGGUACAUCAUUAAUCAGACCUAAUAAGAGCACAUAAACAAGGUCCAGGCUGUACCUCCACUUGGUUCAUCAUUUCUCUCCCCAGUUAGUUCUGCUUGGCAUCCCACAUCAUGCCCUUACUACUACUUCUUUGCUUCCAGAGAGAGAUUACAGACACAAUGCUAGCUUUCCUCACUGAGGCAACAAAAAAGAGUUGGUGGAGUGAAAACAAACUCUUUUUUCAGGAUCAGUUUUAUAUUAAUGUUCACAUUUACCAACAUUGUUAAUUCUUUUCACACAAAGAAUUCACUUUCAAUAUCCUUUUUAAAAUGUAAUAAUCAAGUUAAUUGCAGUUAUGUGUAAGUGUAUUAUACGAUUAGAUGUCCUGCAUUUAUUGUGCCAGUCAGGUGAAUCUAGUCGCAGUGUGACUCUGUCGUUUCUUUGUAAACUCAAUUAUGUAUUAAUGAAUUUGACUCCCGUAAUUGCUUUUGCUGUUGAGAUGGACAAAUGUGCUGAUGGCCUUCUGAGUCAGAGUGCACCGCACACACACACACCCAUGACAUAUUCUGUCUCUGUGAGCAGCGUAUGUCUGGUGCUAACUUUGUUACAGGCAGUCGGAGUGAGUAAAUGCAACCUGUGUUUUCACAGUAUCGGGGAAAAAAAAUAUACAAUGAAAUGUAUUAAAAUAUAUCUACGUACAUAUUCUGCAGACCUUUGUUGCUCUUCCCUACAAAGUGAGUGUUGCCUUCUAUAGCCUAGUUGUCAUCAUGGUGUCAUCUCUCCAGGCUCAUGUAAUGCAGCCAGCCUGUAGGGUCUACAGGAUGUGGAUCUGUUGGUUUAGCUGCCUGUCAUGUCAGCUUGUUGAUGAAGGUCGGUAAAUAUGCUUCAGACAGGAUACUUUGGGAGAGGGCAAUGACGCACAACUACUGUUGUAAGUACUGUCCCCAGUUGGAAUAACACCUGGGACGUUUAUCUUCUAUGCGUCAUAACCACUGGGCCACAAGGGCGCCUGGUACACUGCAACUGGUUUGAUUUAAGAAUGAGGACAUAGUCAUUUGUCCUGUUGCCUAUUCCUACACACACUUCUCAAGAUCGCUAUCAAUUGUCCUCAUCGUCCAAAACUGUUCUGUUACGGUACCCUAUAUCUACAUCUACAAAGCUGUUAAACAGAUAAAUAAACAGUAAAGUCACUCAGUGUUUGUGUGCAGGAGGGUUAAAAAAAACCUGAGCUCAGCUAUUUUCAGUCUGUACUAUAGCACAUUCCUAUCACCACAUUGACCACGAUCCUUUCCUCCUCCUUUGUUUUUUCUGAUACUCACAGAAAAGUGACUCAUCGUUAUAGACACAGUAAGAUGCAUGAUAUGUUCAGUAUCCUGCCUGGUGGCAGUCUUCAGACUUCCUGUUGGUUUGAAACCAAAGGCAAAUCAUUUUUUUAUCAGGUGUGAGGUGAGUUUUUGCUGAGCGCAGAGGUCCACUUCCCGUUGUACGCUGAUUUAGAAAGAAGUGGUAUAAUCUUUAGUGGAGCACUUUGACCCUUCCUGACAGUGUGAUCAGCAGAUGACUACAGAGCAGUGGCCGAAGGUCUGACGAGUGGAUUUCUGUCAGGAUAGAACUUGUUUCUGACAUUUCAAUUUAAUGGUUUUUUUUUCAUUUCUAGUAGUGGUUUUCUCUUAAUAAAUACAUACUGGACUUCCUCAUGGAGUAUAUAAGCAGCUGAAAGCCAAUGAUUUUGGAUUAUUUGGAGUAGCAGGUGGCGACAGACAAGGUUGCUUUUAAGCUGAGUUCUACUCUCUCAUGGGUGAAGAACUCGGUGUCCCACACGGUCAGUCAGAUGGCUAGCCAGGUGACCACGCCCACGUCCCUGCAGACCACCGCCACCUCCUCUUCCACGUCUCUGUCCUCGCCUGCCCUCUCGCCGUCCUCGCCGGCGCCGAUUAGUCCCGACGAUGUGGAGCUGCUGGCCAAGCUCGAGGAGCAGAACAGGCUGCUGGAGACAGACAGCAAGUCGCUGCGCUCCAUGAACGGCUCCAGGCGAAACAGCGGCUCCUCCCUGGUGUCCAGCUCCUCUGCCUCCUCCAACCUCUCCCACCUCGAGGAGGACUCGUGGAUCCUGUGGGGACGAAUCGUCAACGAGUGGGAGGACGUGCGCAAGAAGAAGGAGAAGCAGCUCAAGGAACUUGUCAGAAGUGGGAUUCCUCACCACUUUCGGGCAAUAGUGUGGCAGUUGUUGUGCAACGCCCAGAACAUGCCCGUCAAGGAUCAGUACUCCGAACUCCUGAAGAUGACGUCGCCCUGCGAGAAGCUGAUUCGCAGAGACAUCGCGCGCACUUAUCCCGAGCACGAAUUCUUCAAAGAGAAAGACAGCUUGGGCCAGGAAGUGCUCUUCAAUGUCAUGAAGGCAUAUUCUCUGGUUGACCGUGAGGUUGGCUAUUGUCAAGGGAGUGCAUUCAUUGUAGGACUGCUGCUCAUGCAGAUGCCAGAAGAGGAGGCUUUCUGCGUGUUCGUGAAGUUGAUGCAGGAUUACAGAUUACGAGAGCUCUUCAAACCCAGCAUGGCUGAGCUGGGACUCUGCAUGUACCAGUUUGAGUAUAUGAUCCAGGAACAACUGCCGGAGCUGCACAUGCAUUUCCAGGCUCAGAGCUUUCACACGUCCAUGUAUGCCUCCUCCUGGUUCCUCACCAUCUUCCUCACCUCCUUCCCUCUGCCCGUCGCCACAAGGAUCUUUGACAUCUUCAUGUGUGAGGGUCUGGAGGUAGUUUUCCGCGUGGGACUGGCCAUCCUUCAGAUGAACCAGACCGAACUCAUCCAACUCGACAUGGAGGGAAUGUUACAGCACUUCCAGAGGGUCAUCCCACACCAGCUGGACAGCGGGCCGGAUAAGGUCAUCCUGGCUGCUUAUCAAGUUAAAUACAAUGCCAAGAAGAUGAAAAAGUUAGAGAAAGAAUACACUACAAUCAAAUCUAAAGAGAUGGAGGAGCAGGUGGAGAUAAAGAGGUUGCGGACAGAGAACCGGCUCCUGAAGCAGAGGAUAGACACACUAGAGAAAGAAAGUGCUUCCUUGGCAGAUAGAUUGAUACAGGGACAAGUGACUCGGGCUCAGGAGGCAGAGGAUCUGUACCUGGUCAAGCGGGAGCUGGCCACAGUCAAACAGCAGAGCGAGGAGGCCAGUGCUCAGCUGGAGCAGGCCAAGACAACCACCAGGCAGCAUCAGCCGCACGCGAAGGGAGCCCCUCGGUACUCCGAGGAGGCCGUCCUGCAGCUGGAGAGAGAGCUGGUGCAGGCCCGUCUGAAGGAGGCGGAGUCUCAGUGCGCUCUCAAGGAGAUGCAAGACAAGAUCCUGGAUAUUGAAAAGAGGAACACGUCGCUACCAGAUGACACCAAUGUGGCACGUCUUCAAGAGGAGCUGAUCGGGGUGAAGCUGAGAGAGGCGGAGGCUCUGACCGGCCUGAAGGAGCUGAGGCAGCAAGUCAGAGGCCUGGAAGAGCACUGGCAGCGUCACUUGGCACGCACCGCUGGUCGCUGGAAGGACAGCUCCAGGAAGAACACCUUGAGCGAGCUGCAGGACGAGCUGAUGAGCGUGAGGCUACGUGAGGCCGAAGCCCAGGCAGAGCUGCGGGAGACACGGCAGAGGAUGCUGGAGAUGGAGACACAGAAUCAGAUCCACAGUAACCAGCUGCGACGGGCGGAGCAGGAGAGUCGCUGUCUCCAGGAGUGUGGGCAAACACUGACGGUGCAAAAUAAAGACCUGCUUGGGCAACUGCAAGAGAUCAAGCGGAGACAAGCUGAGAUUGAGUGCAAGAGUAAGGAAGAGGUGAUGGCAGUGAGGUUGCGGGAAGCUGACAACAUUGCUGCGAUGGCUGAACUCCAGCAACAGAUCUCAGAGCUUGAGAUUCAGAAAGAAGAAGGAAAGGUCCAAGGCCAGCUGAACCACACCGACUCGAGCCAGUACAUCCACGACCUCAAAGACCAGAUAGCAGAGCUAAAACACGAGUGCACUGAGCGGAGGAGUCUCUGCAGUGACACCUGUCCGCGCAACACCUGGCAGACGGUGUGCGCAUGCUCCGUCGUCAGGUUGACAUCUGUUAAAGCACUUGGACCCCGCACCUCUCCACCAGUGGAGAUCGAGUCUUUGCAGGGUUCAGAGCGAGCAGCAGCGUCCACCCGCGAGGUCUCCUCUCUACACACAGCUGGACUAUUUCUCUGUUCUUCGGCCGCUCUCAGAUCAGAGAUGCCUCGCUCCUUCAUGGUGAAGAGUAAGAAGGCGCACAGUUACCACCAGCCCCGGAGUUUGGAGGAUGAUAACAGCAGGCUGGACACAAUACUGGCGCACAUUUGCUCAGAAGCAGAUAAGUUCCAAGAGGACUCCGACGGGUCGGUGGACAGGUACGACCUCUCUCCGGACUCCCACCUGGCCGACGCUGCGGAUUUCUCCCCGAAGUCGCCGCUGAGCUGCGCCGACAGUUUGUGCGGUCGCUCCCCGGACUACGAGGACUUCUGGAGGCCUCCGUCCCCCUCUGCGUCCCCAGUGGAUUCUGAGAAAUCCCUCUCCCCUCUGGUGGAUGAGACGCAGCCCUUCGCCAUUCCCUUCCGGCCGUACGCCUGGAGCAGCUACCAGGCGCCGGGGCUCAGGCCCCUGGUGCAGCAUAACCUCCACCCAGGCAUGGAGGUGGAAAGGGGCCCGGCGGCGUUGGCCUUCUAUGGGGACAGGAGCGCCUACUCGGCCCUGUACGCAGACCGGACCCUGAACGAGGAGACGUACGGUGACUACAGGAGGCACACUGCUGCUCUGCUGUUCCCCGAGGGAGGCCUGAACGGGAAAGCCCACAACGUGAAGGCACAAUCUGACCUGCUGUGCUCCAGUCUGAUCCUCAAUGGCGCUUAUAAGUGCAUCAAGUGCAGUAAGGUGUUUUCCACUCCGCACGGUUUGGAGGUCCACGUGCGCAGAUCGCACAGUGGUAUCAGGCCGUUUGCGUGCGAAAUCUGCGGCAAAACCUUCGGACACGGGGUCAGCCUGGAACAACACAAAGCCGUGCACUCUCAGGAAAGGAGUUUCGACUGCAAGAUAUGCGGUAAAAGUUUUAAGAGGUCGUCCACUCUGUCGACGCACCUGCUCAUCCACUCCGACACGAGGCCGUACCCCUGCCAGUACUGCGGGAAGAGGUUCCACCAGAAGUCCGACAUGAAGAAACACACAUUUAUCCACACAGGCAAGUGGAGAAAAGGCAGACCUCAAUGCAACACAUAAUACAGUGUUGUUUUUAAGUGUGGUUUCUAGUGUUACUUAAAGAAUCUGUGCGUAACUUGCGCGUACAAGUCCCAAAUCAGCCCGAUGUCCACGAUAUAUUUCAGCUUAUGUUCAUUAACAAUACAAAAAAAUAACCUAUUUAUGUGUUUCCUAAUUGUGUUGUCCAGGUGAGAAGCCACACAAAUGCCAGGUGUGC